UUCUGGGUGCGAAAGUACGAGGAAGACGCGAGGAAGAACUGGGACGUCUUCUACAAGAACAACGCGGACCGGUUCUUCAAGGACCGGCACUACCUCCGCCGCGAGUUCCCCGACCUCGGCCCGGCGCCGGCGUACGUCAUCCCGGACCGCGCCGCCGCCGCCGGCGCCGCCCCGGGACGCGUCUUCCUCGAAGUCGGUUGCGGCGCCGGCAACACGACGUUCCCGCUCCUCGCCGCGGACCCCACCGCGAUCGUGUACUGCUGCGACUUUUCGCAGCGCGCGGUCGAUCUCGUGAGGAAGCGCGCGGAGCGUCUGCCGCCGGAGCAGCGCGCGCGGGUGAUUCCGUUCGUGUGCGACGCGACGCGCGACGCGCUGACGGAUCGCGUCCCCGCCGGGGGCGUCGACGUGGUGCGUGCGUCCUCAGCCGCGACCCCGUCCACGUGUACGAUCCUCGACCGCGCGUUCUGCACGCUGAUAUUCGUCCUCUCCGCGGUUUCGCCCGGACGCGCGAUGUCCGACGUCGUCCGAAACGUCUCCAGCGUCAUGCGCGGUGAGGUGCUCCUCGUUCGCGACUACGCCGCGGGGGACCUCGCGCAGGCGCGGUUCGCGGUCAAGGAAGGGCAGCGGUUGGGGGACAACUUCUACGUCAGAGGCGACGGCACGCGGGCGUAUUACUUCACCCCCGCCGCGCUGAAGGGGAUCUUCAGGCGCCACGGCAUGCCGCUCGAGCGUCUCGACGUGCACGAGCGGAGCAUCACGAACCGGUCGCGGGAGCUGACGAUGGACCGGCGGUGGGUGCAGGCGUCGUUCGCGAGCGCGACGACGCCGGGGGCGCCGCUGCCGCCGCCGCCGCCGCCGCCCGAGCCGGCGUGGAUGGCGCGGAAGCGGCUGAUCGCGGAGAAGGCGGAGAGGGCGAAGAAGGCGGAGGAGGAGGACGCCGCGGCGGCGGGAGAAGAUGAAACGUCGACCGACGCGGCGUCGUAG